UAAUUUUGUAUUAAUUAAUUGAUACUCCAGCUCAUGACUCAAACUCACACUCAGUCUGAUUUAAUACUUAGAAUAGUGAGAACUUGAACCUUGUCGGGUAUUGAAAUUGUGUGCUUUAAAUCAUCAUAAAAGAUGAGUCGAAAAUACGGAAAUCUUAACUUUUGGCAAGUUUGUCUGUUUUUGUCAGUGACAGUGAUUGGAUAUUGUACGGUUCUAGCAUCACCUUUGCAGAAUCAAAAUUUAUACGAAGAGCUUAAAUGUAGGGAUGAAAUAACAAAUCGUGCUUUGUAUGUUGGGGAAGUGUUCUAUCGGCGUGGACAAUGCAUACGGGUCCAGUGCUUGGGAAAUCUCAAAGUAUGGGAAGACAGAUGUCAAGUACCAAGAUUGGAAGGAAAUUGCACAGUCAUUCCACCAGCAAAUGAAUUUCUCGAUUAUCCAAAGUGUUGUCCUUUAUAUUCGUGCACAAAGUUCCUAAGAGAUGACAGUGGAAACAUGGAGGAAACACAAACUUAUGAUCAUUACGGGAACAGGAAGAGCACUUAUAUUACCCAAGUUUUUACCCGACGAAUGGAAAAUGGAAAUCCUGCAGGUGGCCCCAUAAGAACUAAAUUUAAAUUAUAAUAAUUUAAGCUCCCUUAAAUAAGCUGAAUUUGGGAGAUUUCGAUUUAGUUUUUAAGGUAUAAUACUUUGUAGCAUUUAGAUUUUAAUUCAUUAUUGGAAGAAAUUAAAGGUGCAUUAUUUUAAAAAAUCUUUUAUUCGAAUAAUAU